CGCCUCCCCUCCCCCUUCCCCCUCGGCGGGGGCUCCGGGUCUGUCGGGACCAUGUUCACCAGCACCGGCUCCAGUGGGCUUUACAAGGCACCUCUGUCCAAGAGUCUUCUGCUGGUCCCCACUGCCCUGUCCCUUUUACUGGCCCUGCUCCUGCCGCACUGUCAGAAGUUCUUCCUGUAUGACCUCCAGGCAGUAAAGAAUGACUUCCAGAUUUGGAGGUUGAUAUGUGGAAGAAUAAUCUGCCUUGAUUUGAAAGAUACUUUCUGCAGUAGUCUGCUUAUUUAUAAUUUUAGGAUAUUUGAAAGAAGAUAUGGCAGCAGAAAAUUUGCAUCCUUUUUGCUGGGUUCCUGGGUUUUGUCAGCUUUAUUUGACUUGAUCCUUGUUGAAGCUAUGCAGUAUUCAUUUGGUAUUGCUGCAGCCAGUAAUUUACCUUCUGGAUUCUUGGCGCCUGUGUUUGCUCUGUUUGUACCGUUUUACUGCUCCAUACCACGAGUCCAAGUGGCACAGAUUCUGGGCCAAUUCUCCAUCACCAACAAGACACUGAUUUACAUAUUGGGACUACAGCUUUUCACCUCUGGUCCUUACAUCUGGAUUGUAGCCAUAAGUGGAAUUGUUUCCGGUAUGUGCUACAGGAGCACGGCGCUGAAACUUCAGCAGAUGCUCUACAUUCCCAGCUGGGCGGCCGCUUUCUGUGCUUGGAGCCUCGAGCCUCUCUUUUCGUCUUCAGAACCCAGCAGCGAAGCUAGAAUUGGCAUGGGAGCAACAGUCGACAUCCAGAGGCAGCAGAGAAUGGAGCUGCUUGACCGGCAGCUGAUGCUCUCACAGUUUGCCCAAGUGAGGCGUCAGAGACAGCAGCAGGGAGGAAUGAUCAAUUGGAAUCGUCUUUUCCCUCCUUUACGUCAGCGACAGAAUGCGAACUAUCAGGAUGGUCGGCGGUCUGAACAACAAGGGUCCCCUCCCCUAGAAGUUUCUGAAGAACAGGUUGCCCGGCUCAUGGAGAUGGGAUUUUCCAGAGGCGAUGCUUUAGAAGCCCUGCGAGCAUCGAAUAACGACCUCAAUGUGGCUACCAACUUCCUUCUGCAGCACUGA